AGAGUGUGUGUCUAUGUGUGUGCAAGUGUUACAUUAACAACACAACAACAACGAUAACAAAAAAUUAAAUUAAAAUAAAAUAAAAAGCAAAAAAUAAAUCAGAUCUAAUUCUAUUUUCACGUCCGCUACACACACAUAACUUUCUCUCUCUCUCUACUUUCUCUCUCUAAAAAAAAACUCAGUGAGAUAAUAACAGAACCAUAGGGUCUUAGUUUCUUCUUUCACUACUAAGAAGAAAAAAGAAAGAAGAAGAAGAAAAACAAAGAAACAAACCCUAGAAAAACUCUAACUCAAAUUCUUCAUAAAUUCUCUUCAAAUUUCAUUUCCAUUUCAUUUUUUUUCUCUCUUCAAUUUCAACUUUUGAGAUUCAUUUUGAAGUGGUUUGAAGAUUGAAGGUUGAGCAUUUUACUGGUGAUUUAGUGUAAUUGUGGUUUAAUCAGUUUGUUUUUGGAGGAUUUUGAGUUCAGAGACUUUUUUUUUAAUUUUUGGGAUUUUUUUGUGAAGUGUUUGGUUGUUGUAACUUGGGUGAAUUUAUGUCUAGUGAAGUUAGUUAUUGUUGUUGUGCUUAGUGUUGUUGAGUGAUUGUUUGUUAAGAAUGGUGCCUCCGGGGCCGCCGAAUCCGAUUGGUGGUGCCCCAUCUUUGACGCCUUCGCUUAUGAGAACGAAUUCAGGGAUGAUGGGUGGUCAAGGAGGACAAGCUUCUUUUCCUUCGUUGGUUUCACAGCGAAAUCAGUUUAAUAACAUGAAUAUGUUGGGCAAUAUGUCUAAUGUUGCUUCCAUGAUGAAUCAGUCUUUUCCCAAUGGGAUUCCGAACUCGGGGAUCGGUGGAUUGGGAAAUGGUCAGCGGGGUGGUAUGGAUGCUGGGGCUGAACAGGACCCUUUGUCUGGUGUUGCUAAUGGAAUGGGAUUUGGUAAUCCUUCGUCGUCGUUUGGGCAAGCUAAUGUUGUUAACCCUGGUUCGUCUGGUCAAGGCCAAGGUCAGGGUCAGCAAUUUUCAAACCCUUCUGGCAACCAGUUGUUGUCGGAUCAACAACAUUCACAACAACAUGAAGUUCAAAAUUUCCAACAUAAUCAGCAACAGUCAGCGCAGCAGUUUUCGGCUCCAAUGAACACUCAACAACAACAACAACAACAUCAGCAACAGCAGCAUUUCCAAUCAAUGCGAGGAGGGAUAGGUGGUAUUGGACCGGUGAAGAUGGAGCCACAGGUAAACAGCGAUCAGUUUGGGCAGCAGCAGCAGUUGUCAUCGCUGAGGAAUCUUGCUCAGGUAAAAUUAGAACCGCAACAACUUCAAUCAAUGAGAGGUAUGGCUACUGUAAAAAUGGAACCCCAGCAUAGUGAUCAGCCGUUUUUACAUCAACAACAACAACAACAGCAGCAGCAACAACAACAACAACUUCUCCAUAUGUCAAGGCAAACCUCCCAGGCUACUGCUGCACAGAUGAACCUUUUGCAACAACAGAGACUUUUGCAAUAUCAACAGCAGCAGCAACAUCAGCAGCAACAACUCUUAAAAUCGAUGCCUCCGCAGCAACGGUCCCAGCUACCGCAGCAGUUUCAACAGCAGAAUAUGCCUGUAAGGUCUCCUGUGAAACCAGCAUAUGAACCUGGGAUGUGUGCUAGACGGCUGACACAUUACAUGUAUCAGCAACAACAUAGACCUGAAGAUAACAACAUCGAUUUCUGGAGGAAAUUUGUUGCCGAGUAUUUUGCCCCUAAUGCCAAAAAGAAGUGGUGUGUUUCCAUGUAUGGAAGUGGCAGACAAACAACUGGAGUUUUCCCUCAGGAUAUAUGGCACUGUGAAAUAUGUAAUCGCAAACCGGGCCGUGGGUUUGAGGCAACGGCUGAGGUUCUUCCCAGGCUUUUCAAAAUAAAGUAUGAAAGUGGUACUUUAGAAGAGCUACUGUAUGUUGACAUGCCUCGUGAAUAUCAUAAUUCCUCUGGCCAAAUUGUUCUAGAUUAUGCAAAAGCAAUUCAAGAAAGUGUUUUUGAGCAACUUCGCGUUGUUCGUGAUGGUCAACUUCGAAUAGUUUUCUCUCCAGACCUGAAGAUAUGCUCUUGGGAGUUUUGCGCUCGGCGACAUGAAGAGCUUAUCCCCAAAAGAUUGUUAAUACCUCAGGUUAGUCAGCUUGGAGCAGUUGCUCAGAAAUAUCAGUCAUGUACUCAAAAUGCAGCAACCAAUCUAUCCGUUCCAGAGUUACAAAAUAAUUGCAAUAUGUUUGUUGCAUCAGCCCGUCAACUGGCAAAAGCUUUAGAAGUUCCAUUGGUUAAUGAUUUAGGAUAUACAAAGAGAUAUGUGCGGUGCCUACAAAUAUCAGAAGUAGUAAAUAGUAUGAAAGACUUGAUAGAUUAUAGCAGAGAAACAGGGACUGGACCUAUGGACAGCUUAGCCAAAUUCCCUCGGAGAACAAGUAAUUCAUCUGCACUUCAUAGUCAGGCGCAACAGUCUGACGAUCAAUUACAGCAGCAACAACAGCAUAUGGUGGCCCAUAACUCAAAUGGUGACCAAAACUCUGUGCAAAAUGCUGCCAUGCAAAUUCCUUCUAACAAUGGUGUGGCAAAUGUAAAUAACAGUGUCAGCUCAGCACCUGCGUCGACCACCACAAGCACCAUUGUUGGGCUUCUGCACCAGAACUCUAUGAAUGCUAGACAGCAAAAUUCAAUGAACAAUGCAAGCAGUCCAUAUGGAGGUGGUUCUGCGCAUAUUCCAUCCCCAGGUUCUUGCAAUACAGUGCCACAAGCACAACCAAACUCGUCCCCUUUUCAUUCACCAACACCGUCCUCGUCUAACAACCCACAAACUUCUCACCCGGGCAUAACAUCUGCAAAUCACAUGAGUACAGCAAACUCGCCGGCUAAUAUUUCCUUGCAACAACAGCAGACAUCAAUAUCUGGUGAUGCUGACCCUAGUAACGAUGCUCAGAACUCCAUGCAUAAAAUCAUUCACGAUAUGAUGAUGUCCUCCCAGAUGAACGGAACAGGUGGAAUGGUAGGCGCUAAUUCUCUCGGAAAUGACAUGAAGAAUGUAAAUGGCAUCCUACCAGUGAGUACUAAUACAGGCCUCAACGGUGGCAAUGGCAUGAUGGUUAAUGGAGGCGUGAACAGUAAUUCUGGUGUUGGGGUUGGUGGUUAUGGCACAAUGGGUCUUGGUCCAUCUGGUUUACCGAAUGGCAUGAGACCUGGAAUGGGAAAUAAUUCAGUCAUGAAUGGAAGGGGAGGAAUGGCGUCUAUGGCUCGGGAACAGGCAAUGAAUCAUCAACAGGAUUUGUCAAGCCAACUACUCAGUGGAUUAGGAGCAGUAAAUGGUUUUAAUAAUCUUCAAUUUGAUUAAAAAACCGUGUCUACAAGAGCCUUAGGGCCUGUUUGUUAUCAGUUGUAACCAAGCAUGCACUCACCACUAAAAUUUCUUGCUUCUGAAAAACUACAGUAAAAAUGCCUAAGGAUGCGAGCUUAAGUAUGGCAACCUAUGUCCAAACAUAGGCAUAAUCUUUUGCAUGUAGGGUGGUUCUUGGGAAGCUUCUUGUGCAGCAUGGGGAAUGCAAGAUUUGCUAUCAGCACUCUCCUGAUGAUGGCAGAAUGCAGUCCGCAGUCGGGUAGUCAUAGGUCUUUGUACUAAUCUGUUUUUCUUACAUAUAUAUAAAUAUAAGAAUAUGAAAAUUUGUUGGCUGCUUGUUUGGCUGAUGGGGCUGAUUUUUCUCUGUAUUCAGUUGUAACUUUUACUUAUUGUAUUUUUAAAAUAUGUUUAUGUAGUACACAACCUUAUCCAUUACAUGCAAAAGAGGUGAUGCUUUGGGGUGCAAACUGCAACUGUUUGGGAGCAUAUGUUCAUCAGUGGUGGAUAAGGUUGGCUCAAAGCUGAUUUUAAAGCAAAAAUAUUUGAUGAGUUAUAGUAAUCACAAUUGGACAUUGGGUUCUGAUAAGCAGCAUUGAAGAAAAGUGGGACUGAUUAAGGAAUUUGAACGGUCAUUUUUAGUACAAGUUAUUGAAAAAGGUAUGGAUACAAAGUACUAUUUUAAGUUUGCAAAGGUGGUCCUUAACAUCCCCCUCCAUUUUUGAAGAGUAAAACAGUUGGUAUAUGGUAUGCUUCUUGUUCCUCACUGUGUGGCUAUGUUGGGAAAGUUAUGUUUGUUAAGCUUAUAGCAUGCAAGUUAUAGAGAAACCAUCAAA